UGGUGAUAUCUGUCAUUCGGGAAUGGCGUCCAAAGUUGGUUGUGUUAUUGUCAAAACAAAAACAGUAAAUUGAUGUAAUAAACAUUAAGUGACAAGAAUGUGUAAAAUGCCCUAUUAAUUCGCAUUGUCGGUUGACUACUCAAAAUGGCAACAGCUUUAGAGUCGCCUAUGGGUGAUAAUGCCUGGAUCGAUUUUUGCGAACGACAUGCUAGUGCAGCGGCCCAGGAUUUCUCAAAAAGCUGUUCUCAUUUUAUAACACAUAACUUGAGUGAACAUAACAGGAAUCUAUUGACCCAUAAAGACUUUUUACGCAAAUUCAUCGAGAGUUUCAGUGAACAAUUCGAAGUAGAUUAUAACAGGAGGAAAUUGCAGAAUAGUAAGUCUAUGAAUGGUAGUUUGAAACACGACGAAAACUCGGAAAAUGAAGAAGGUUCCCCAAAAAUGCAACAUAAACCAUUUUUUAGAAGACUUAGUUUCAAAAUGUUACGAAGGGGAUUCCAUAAGCAACAUUCAGAUGAGAUGGAUCUUACCCACAAUAAAACUAAACUUGCCAAAAUAGUUGUAGAAUGUAGAAAAGAAGGAAUUGUUAAUUAUUCUACCCCAGAGAGCUUGGAUCAAACAGGUAGCCCACAGAGAUGGGAAAAAUGUCGUUUAGCUCUAGUUAAAGCGGUUGGGGGAUACAUGCUAGAAUUUUACUGUCCACCAAAAAGUUCAAAGCCAAGAAGUGGUGUUUUUUGCGCUCUUAUUGUUGAAGUAAGAGAAACUACAGCACUGGAAAUGCCAGACCAUGAGAACACUUUUGUCUUAAAGGCUGUCAACAAUUUGGAAUUUGUUAUAGAGGCUCAGGAUACAGAUGAUAUGAGGUCAUGGUUGGCUACCAUCAAAUACUGUAUGAGGGCCACGUCUGGAACUGAUGGUUUAAGUGGAGAUGGUAUGACUAGGGAUUACCAAGGUCAUGCUCCCGAACUACCUCCAAGACAUAUCUUGGGUAGAGGAGGUGAUAGGCUUUCAUCCAGCAGCAACUUUGAAAUAUGCACCAAUGAUGUAGCUCAAACAAUGAUGGAGACUGAUAUUGGUCAAACAUUGAAGAAGGAAUAUUGGUUUCAUGGUACUUUAGGCAGGUCUGAAGCCACACAACUUGUACUGCAUGGAGGCACACAAAGUCAUGGUUUGUUUUUAGUUAGGCAAAGUGAGACCAGGACUGGGGAGUUUGUCCUCACCUUCAAUUUCCAGGGGCGUGCCAAACAUUUGAGAAUGACCAUCAACGAUCAGGGUCAGUGCAGGGUUCAACAUUUCUGGUUCCAGUCCAUCUAUGAGAUGUUGGAGCAUUUCCGCAACCAGCCCAUACCUCUAGAAAGUGGAGGCAACUCAGAUGUAACACUGACAGAUUACGUGAUCAACCAAAAUGCCAUGGGACCUCUACAAUCUUCAAUGGAACGUAGGAAUCAAAUGGCGCAUCAAACAGCUGCUAAUGGAGAAAGAAGGGCUCCUCCAAUACCUGAAGUUAGACAAAAUCCAAAAUUUUUAGGUACAAACCGGAAAUGGAAGUGUGCGAACUCAAGAACCGGAUGGUAGCAACGAAACCCCUGGAAGAGCUAUAGACAACCAAUACAGUUUUGUUUAAGAACUUGCUAAUUAGAAACAUUGAAAAAAUAAUGUGUACGUAAACAGGCACGUAAUAAGUGAAAAAGAGUCAUAAUUCUAAUUUUGAAAAUUUUUUUAUGUGGUCAAGUUAAUUAUCUCGAAUCUUCUAUUUUAAAUUGGAAUUGAAUUAAUGACCCUUUAAUUCACCAAUUUUAUGUUUUGAGUUCCUAAAUUGAUUAAAAAAAGUACAUAUACUGUAACUAUUGAAAAGAUUAUACUGUCAAUAAUUAUAUGAUAUUUAAGGAGUUAUUUAUGAAAUGGUGUCUGGAUAAUCAAGAAGAAAAAUAUUGUUAUGAACCGAUUACAAUUUAUGUGAAUCCAUAAUAAAACAUCGAAGUAUU